UAUAAUCUUAAAUCAAGGAUUUACUUGAUACCCUUCUUGACCUUUACUUCUAAUCAAGUAACAGUUCUAAAAAGGAAUUGGCUCACUUGCUACAAGAGGAAUUAAAAAUAUAAGCCAUUCUUCCCAAUGCCUAAAAAUAGCAAGGUGGUUAAAAGAGAAUUAGAUGAUGAGGUUAUUGAAUCUGUCAAAGAUCUUCUUUCCAAUGAAGACUCAGCAGAUAAUGCUUUUAAGAAGAGUGAACUCAUUGUUGAUGCCCAAGAAGAAAAAGACAUAGAUAUUGAAGAAGGAUCUGAAGUAGAAGAUGAAAGACCAGUUUGGAGCAGUAAGCUACAAUACAUCCUGGCCCAGGUUGGAUUUUCUGUAGGUUUAGGGAAUGUAUGGCGAUUUCCCUACCUCUGUCAGAAGAAUGGGGGUGGUGCAUAUCUUUUGCCAUAUUUAAUACUGCUUCUGGUAAUAGGUAUACCCCUUUUUUUUUUGGAACUUUCUGUUGGUCAAAGAAUUCGGCGGGGAAGCAUUGAUGUAUGGAAUUACAUAAGCCCUAAACUGGGUGGAAUUGGAUUUGCAAGUUGUGUGGUGUGCCUUUUCGUUACUCUCUACUACAAUGUCAUUAUUGGCUGGAGUUUGUUUUAUUUUUCUCAGUCUUUUCAGCAUCCUCUACCUUGGUAUCAGUGUCCUUUGGUGAAAAAUGCUUCAAACGCUUUUGUAGAGCCAGAAUGUGAAAAAAGUUCUGCUACCACAUAUUACUGGUACAGGGAAGCCCUGAAUAUUUCCAGUUCCAUUUCUGAAAGUGGGGGCUUAAACUGGAAGAUGACCAUCUGCUUGCUGGCUGCCUGGUUCAUGGUUUGUUUGGCUAUGAUCAAAGGCAUUCAAUCAUCUGGAAAAGUCAUGUAUUUUAGUUCUGUGUUCCCAUACAUUGUACUUCUGUGCUUCCUAAUCAGAGCAUUACUUUUAAAUGGUUCACUUGAUGGUAUUCGUCAUAUGUUUACCCCUAAGAUUGAAAUAAUGCUGGAACCCAAGGUGUGGAGAGAGGCUGCGACUCAGGUGUUCUAUGCCUUAGGUCUGGGAUUUGGUGGCGUCAUUGCCUUUUCAAGCUACAACAAGAGAGACAACAACUGCCACUUUGAUGCUGUCCUUGUGUCCCUCAUCAAUUUUUUCACUUCUGUUCUGGCAGCGUUGGUGGUAUUUGCAGUUCUGGGCUUCAAAGCAAAUGUCGUAAAUGAGAAAUGCAUUGCAGUAAACUCGGAAAUGAUCAUGGGAUAUUUGAAAAUGGGCAAUAUUAGUCAGGAUAUUAUCCCCCAUCAUAUCAACCUUUCAGCUAUCACUGCAGAAGAUUAUCAUUUAGUUUAUGACAUUAUUCAGAAAGUGAAAGAAGAUGAGUUUCCUGCUCUUCAUCUCAAUUCCUGUCAUAUUGAAGAGGAGCUAAAUAAAGCUGUUCAGGGUACUGGCUUAGCUUUUAUUGCCUUUACAGAAGCUAUGACACAUUUUCCUGGAUCUCCCUUCUGGUCAGUGAUGUUCUUCCUCAUGCUAAUAAAUCUCGGGCUUGGCAGCAUGUUCGGUACAGUUGAAGGCAUCAUUACUCCUUUUGUGGACACCUUCAAAGUGAGGAAGGAAAUUUUUACUGUUGUCUAUUGUCUCCUGGCAUUUUCUAUUGGCCUGAUAUUUGUGCAGCGCUCUGGAAACUACUUUGUUACUAUGUUUGAUGAUUAUUCUGCUACACUGCCUCUGCUCCUUGUUGUUAUUCUGGAGAACAUUACUAUAUCCUUUGUUUAUGGCAUAGAUAAGUUUAUGGAGGACCUAAAAGAUAUGUUGGGCUUUGUACCAAACAAAUAUUACUACUAUAUGUGGAAAUACAUUUCUCCUCUAGUGCUGUUAGCACUGCUAUUAUCUAGUUUUGUGAACAUGGUAUUAAGUCCCCCUGGGUAUAAUGCCUGGAUUGAAGAUAAGGCAGCUGAAGAAUUUCUGAACUAUCCAGUAUGGGGAGUAGCUGUCUGUGUCUCUCUCAUAGUGCUGGCAAUACUCCCUGUCCCAGUAGUCUUCAUCAUUCGUCAUUGCAACUUGUUACAUAGUACUUCUGGUAACUUAUCAUCUGUGACCUAUAAAAGAGGCAGGGUUUUGAAGGAACCUGUCAACUUAGAGGGAGAUGAUGCUAGCCUCAUUCAUGGAAAGAUACGAAGUGAGACGCCAUCUCCAAAUUUUGGUAAAAAUAUUUAUAGGAAACAAAGUGGAUCACCAACCUUGGAUACUGCUCCCAAUGGACGAUAUGGUAUAGGGUACCUGAUGGCAGAUAUGCCAGAUAUGCCCGAGUCGGAUUUGUAGCUGGUUGGGGGCAUCAUUGGGUUUCAUUUGAUUCAAUUAUAUCAGUGAACAUUGGCUCUACUAAUUGAAAUAAUAGGUUUCACUUAUCACGAGGUGAUCUCAGGUGUUCUAUGACUGUGAUCUUUAACCCUAACUAUAUGUAAAUACAGCUCGAGUACUCCUUUGGAUUCCUUGGUUUACAUUUGUGCAGGCAGAAGUACAGGCAGAAUUUAUAAUGACUGAGGUCCAUCCAAGCUUGUCAGAUAUUUGAAAAAUACUUUCAAUGUUUUUUCAAAUAUUUCUAUCUCUUAAAAAACAAAACCAGGCAUUACCUCAGUUUGGAAUAAUUUUUGAUUGUAACAGUGUUGGCAAUUCAAAAAUGAUAUACUUAAAACUUUUAAAAGUUUGCCUUCAGGGUAAAUUCCCUGUAUUACAUUUCUGUAAGUUGGUGCC